AUGGAGAGGUCGAACCCGCUCUUGCAGUUCCUCCCGACUUCCUCGCCUCCGACGGAGGCUUGGUCGCUAGAGGGAGCGCCUCAGGGCGAAGGAAGAAAUCUUUUCUCAUCGGCGGACAGGGGGCCCUUAUCCAGACUUGCCCAGCCUGGGGUGUCUCCAUCUGCUUCUUCGGCAUCGUCUUCUGCCGCGGCUUCUUCCUCUCUCUUUGCGGUCGACGCAGAGAAGGUUCGCUCGAACUCGGCACUCCGGCAGCUCGCCGAGUACCUUAGGUCUACCCGCCAGACUUCAGAUACUUCUUCCUCUUCUUCUUCAUCGGACGCCGCCUCUUCCUCGCCCGCGGGAGGCGCUGAGGCGCUCAGAUUGUCGGAGGGGGUGAGCCAGGAUUGGCGGCUCGCCUCUCGAACUGUCGGCGGCGCCGAGGAAGAUCUUUUUGCACAUUUUUCGAAAAGGCGCGGCGCUUCAGCAGAGCCAAGCGAAGAGCCGGAACGCGCGCUUCCCCGCGAAAGCGACAAGAGAGAGGCUGACGAGCAGCCCUUUUUCUCAUGCGGCCUUCGCCUAGCCCGCACAGAGGAGGACGAAGAGAUGGAGCGGCGGCAGAACGAGUUCAAAAAACGCGAGGAUGCCGCAGCGGAUCCCGCCCGCCAGAAAAGGCAACCGAAGCUGCGCCCGGUGCUGCAGCCCGACCCCAAAGAGGCGGCGGGCGGCGCCCCGGAGGAGGGUCACAUGGAGGCGGAAGACGAAGACGAGGCUCUCGACGCGGAGCUGCGCAGGAGACUGGAGAAGGAAAUCGAGGAAGGCGGAGACUUUUACGACACCUCCGCCGACGAUGAAGAUGAAAAAUGGGUGCAAAAACACCUGCGCGUCGGCGACAAAGCCACAGACGCGAUUCUCUGCUGUCCAGGGUGCUUCACGCCUGUCUGCUACCAGUGCCAGAGACACGACAAGUUCCUUCUUCAGUACCGCGCAGUCUCGGCGCGCAACGUCGUCGUCGACUCCUUCGCGACAGUUCAGCCGCGCGCGCCAGAGGGCGCGACUCAAAAGACCUCGCACGCGCGAAGGCCCACGGGUUCCCCGACUGCGCGCCGCGAGGCUGCGGCGGACUCCGAGGAAAGCGAGAUGGUUGAGAAGGGCGAAGCGUCUCAAGCAGAAGGCGACGCGCAGAGUGACGGUCGCGAGGAGGAGCUCAGCGUGUUGAAGCACCUUCAGCAGCUGUCGGUCGGGGGGAGCGGCAAGGCGCGCGCGGAAGGCGAAGACGAGGACACAGACGGAGAUGUCGUCUGCGCCGGGCUACAGGGGGGGAAGUCCGCGCACCGUGUGAAGUGCGCUAACUGCGGCACAGUCGUCGCGCUCCUGGAUGAAGAGGAAUGUUAUCAUUUCUUCCACGUCCUGCCGGGAGAGGCUUGA